CUUAAGGGUGGGUUCCAGUGGGCUUUUUGUGGUCUAUUCAUAAUCCGUGUCAUUGCUACACACAUUGCUUCAUAUACUUGUGGUAGGAAGUGCAAGAAUUGUCGGAGGAUGGAGGAGGAGCAGGAGUUGUCAGAGAUACUAGACAUACAGGAACAGGACAUGAAGGAGAGAUGA